AUGUCUACCGAAGAAGAAGUACAGGACAAGGAAUCUCAGCUUUUGGAGGCGUGCAUUACAACUAUUGUCAGUCCAUUCCGCGAAAAAUACGAAGAAAAAUGGGAGGAGGAAGCUUACUGGGAAGCUGUUGAGACUUUCAAGGCUGAAUCCAAGAAGAUUGGAUAUGAGGACCCGUUUGAAGUCCUUGGCAAAGGCAGAUUUACCAGCUUUGAGGCGAUCCGCGACAUUCUCAAGGCUGGACCCAAGCCAUGCUUCAGAAAGGGUUGGAAGAGUCCGUACACUGGAGAGAAAGUCGAUAUUUUGGCACUUGUUGAGAGUCUUCAUCAUGCCUCUGGCCCCAAAUUUGAAGGCAAAGAACGAAUUGUUAUUGUUGAUUUUUGGGCCACAUGGUGCGGAUCAUGCCUGGAAAUUUCUCCAGAAUUAUCGGAUAUUUUUGAAAAAUACGCAGGACGCAUUGCCGUCAUUGGUUUGAAUAAUGACGAUAUGCUCGACAGACAACAAGAGCAUAGCAUCGAGAAAACCAGGACAUUCCUCGAAACAAAAAAUGAAAGCAUCCGCUAUUCAUCUUAUAUUGAUACAGAAGAUCACUUCGCCAGAGAUUUUGAUAAUGAGGUCAGAUAUGCUGGCCGCGCGAGAUUCUGCAUUGAGGAUCCUUUGGAAGAGGUCUUGAAGGAAUUGUAUCCCGUCGAGGAGUAA